UUCAACAAGAAUUGCCAAAAUAAAACAUGAUGGUCCCAAACCCGAUUAAGAAGGCAAGAAACUCCACAAAUGAUCCUUGACAAGACACAUCUGUUGGGAAACCAUUUCAGGUGACUACCUCAUGAAGCUCAUCGAGAGAAUGCCAAGAGUGUGCAAAGCAGUAAUGAAAGCAAAGGGUAGCUAUUUUGAAGAGCCUACAAUAUAAAACAUACAAAGACUCAUUUCACACUUUUUUGUUUACUACAUAAUUCCAUCUGUGUUCAUUCCUAGAUUUGUUGCCUUCAGUUGUGUUGUGCAGAAGUCAGGUAGACAGCCCAGUUGACAGUUGACAGCCCUAUUUGACAACUGUUAGAAUCCAUAUUUUGGCAAGAACCAAUGAGCUCAGUAAAGAGAAACAACAGUAUAUCAUUACUUUAAGAACUGAAGGUCAGUCGGUCCGGAAAAUUGCAAAAACGUUGAAGAUAUCUCCAAGUGCAGUCGCAAAAACCAUCAAGCGCUACGAUGGAACAGACUCACAUGAGGACCAAGGAAAGAAAGACCAAAAGUCACCUCUGCUGCUGAAUUUUGUUUGCUACAUAAUUCCAUAUGUGUUCAUUCAUAGUUUGAUGCUUUCAGUGAGAAAUUACAAUGUAAAUAGUCAUGAAAACAAAGAAAAACCAUUAAAUGAGAACGUGUGUGAAAAUGUUUGACUGCUAGUGUAUUUUAGAGUGAAAUCAUCUUUUAAAACCGCAAGUUGUGCACUUUAGUGAUCAUCCAUUCCAGUAGGGGGCGCUGUCUGUAAAACAUGCUCCAGACGUGCGGCCCCAGAAGAAGCUGGAAGUGCAGUCCUCCCUGUGCAGCCUCCAGCUCUGGGUGCGUAGUGCAGACAUACUCUACUCAAUACGUGUCUAACUUGCAGCUGACAGAAUGAGAUAAGAUGGAUGAUGCCAAGGCGGAUAGUUGUGCGGCUGAAGAGGAAGCAGGUUCUGAUGUAGAGGUGUUCUGUUUGAUGCGAGUCGGGAGAAACUCUGACUGGCUUCGACUGUUCGAGAACACAGAGAUCGCCGUUGGUCGAGGUGUGGAUGUAACUUACCAGCUGCUGUCUCCAAGUUGUCCUCUGAUGAUCUCUAGACUGCACUGUACUUUCAAGCAAAGGGAAGAUGGACAGUGGACAGUGACAGACAAGAAGAGUCUCAAUGGAGUGUGGGUGAAUGGAAACCGUAUAACUGCUGAUGAAGCCCAUCAGCUCAAGCUUGGAGACUCCAUUCAGCUUGGAGUUCCUUUAAAAGGAUACAACAUGGAGUUUGACUACAUCCUUGUCCAGCGGCCACUUAAAGACAUUAAACUCUAUCUGGCAAAGGUGCAGAGAGAGGGUGCUAAAAGAGUCCACAUAUCCAAGAAGCCCAAGAGGAAAUUGACUGUGGAAGAAAUUGAGCCCUCUACCUCAAACCCCAAGCUCUACCGCUGCUCUUCUGCAGACAAGUCUUUUGCAAAGCCCUGCCCUCUGUCUCCAGCAGAACACCAGCAGGGGCUCAGUCACACAAGGACAGAGGAAACUGGACCCAGCAGAGGAGUUCAAGAGGCAGAGUGGCCCUCUGAUGACACCAGCCUUCCUUCUGACCUGGACGACUUGCAGAUGUACAGCCAGAACAUUCUGCUGUUGAGGGAGCAGGUGGACGCCACUCAGAGGCAAGUAGCUUCUCUAGAGGGAGAACCCCAACAAGCUGACCCGUUCAAAGAGGAGCAGGUCAGGGAGCUGCAUGGCCAGCUACAGAUGCUCAGAGCCAAAAUGGACAGGAUGGCGGCAUUAGAGAAGUCCUUCAGUGAAACUAGGAGGCAGCUGGAGGAACAGAAAACACAGCAACAAGAGGAGGUUUUGAAGAAACAACUGGAAGGGGCUUUACAAGAGCAAAAGAAAGUGAUCGAUGAACUUGCCCUCUCUCGAAAAGCCUUUGAGCAGAUCCUCUCGGACAAAAACAAGGAGCUCGAAGCGACAAAGGAGGAGAAAGAAAAGGCAAGGGCCCAAAAAGAGGAGGUUGUUACACAAGUGACUGAAGUCCUGGAGAACGAGCUUCAGUGCAUCAUUUGCUCAGAGCUUUUUAUUGAGACAGUCAUCCUGAACUGUGCUCACAGUUUCUGCUGUUACUGUAUCAAGCUGUGGCGUAAAAAGAAAGACGAGUGCCCAAUCUGCCGACAGGUCAUUCAGUCUCAGACCCGCUGUCUGGCACUGGACAACUGCAUUGACAGCAUGGUGGAAAACCUGAGCCUGGACAUGAAGGCGAGAAGACAGGCCCUCAUCAGCGAAAGGAAAGGUGAGAGCUCGAGCUCAGUGAGGUUGGAUGGAGAGCGUUUGUGAACAGCAGUCUUCAGCUCUGCCCACAGAUUCUCGAUUGGAUUCAGGUCUGGACUUUGACUUGGCCAUUCUAACACCUGGAUACGUUUAUUUGUGAACCAUUCCAUUGUAGAUUUGGCUUUAUGUUUUGGAUCAUUGUCCUGUUGGAAGAUAAAUCUCCGUCCCAGUCUCAGGUCUUUUGCAGACUCCAACAGGUUUUCUUCCAGAAUGCUCCUGUAUUUGACUCCAUUCAUCUUCCCAUCAAUUUUAACCAUCUUCCCUGUCCCUGCUGAAGAAAAGCAGGCCCAAACCAUGAGGCUGCCACCACCAUGUUUGACAGUGGGGAUGGUGUGUUCAGGGUGAUGAGCUGUGUUGCUUUUACGCCAAACAUAUCGUUUUGCAUUGUGGCCAAAAAGUUGGAUUUUGGUUUCAUCUGACCAGAGCACCUUCUUCCACAUGUUUGGUGUGUCUCCCAAGUGGCUUGUGGCAAACUUUAAACAAGACUUUUUAUGGAUAUCUUUGAGAAAUGGCUUUCUUCUUGCCACUCUUCCAUAAAGGCCAGAUUUAUGCAGUGUACGACUGAUUGUUGUCCUAUGGACAGACUCUCCCACCUCAGCUGUAGAUCUCUGCAGUUCAUCCAGAGUGAUCAUGGGCCUCUUGGCUGCAUCUCUGAUCAGUCUUCUCCUUGUUGGAGGUGAAAGUUUAGAGGGACGGCCGGGUCUUGGUAGAUUUGCAGUGGUCUGAUACUCCUUCCAUUUCAAUAUGAUUGCUUGCACAGUGCUCCUUGAGAUGUUUAAAGCUUGGGAAAUCUUUUUGUAUCCAAAUCCGGCUUUAAACUUCUCCACAACAGUAUCUGGGACCUGCCUGGUGUGUUCCUUGGUCUUCAUGAUGCUCUCUGCACUUUAAACAGAACCCUGAGACUAUCACAGAGCAGGUGCAUUUAUACGGAGACUUGAUUACACACAGGUGGAUUCUAUUUAUCAUCAUCAGUCAUUUAGGACAACAUUGGAUCGUUCAGAGAUCCUCACUGAACUUCUGGAGUGAGUUUGCUGCACUGAAAGUAAAAGGGCCGAAUAAUAUUGCACACCCCACUUUUCAGUUUUUUAUUUGUUAAAAAAGUUUAAAAUAUCCAAUAAAUUUCAUUCCACUUUACGAUUGUGUCCCAAUUGUUGUUGAUUCUUGACAAAAAUUACAAUUUUAUAUCUUUGUUUGAAGCCUGAAAUGUGUCGAAAGGUUGAAAAGUUCAAGGGGGCCAAAUACUUUCACAAGGCACUGUAUGUAGUCAGUGAGACCUCUGGUUCCACAUGGACACUACUGUUCAUAAGUUAGGGGUCACUUAGAAAUGUCCUUUUGUCUAAAAGAAAAUAAUUCUUUCAAUGAAGAUGGCAUUAAAUGAAUCAGAAAUACAGUCUCGACAUUCUUAAUGUGGUAAAUGACUAUUCUAGCUGGAAACGGAUGAUUUUAUCUCCAUAGGGGUACAGGGGAACAUUUCCAGCAACCAUCACUCCUGUGUUCUAAUGCUGCAUUGUGUAGUACAAUCACUGUCCUCUUAAAGUGAGUUUUCCUUGUUUCAGAUAAGCAAGCCUGGAACAGCAAAUCACCAGAUUAGGUCACUGGAGAAUUUUAAAUAGUCUUGUUGUAUGAGAUGUGAUCAAAAAGUUCUGUCACUGUGUUUAUAUGAAGCUAAAUGGCGUCUGUUUUAGCUGUGGCUGCCAUCUUCUGCAAAGUAGUCAGCCAUGCUCUCGUCCCAGAGCUCCUGACACACCUGGAAGUCUUGCUCUGUACAUAUGCCACUUAAAUUUCAUUUUGGGAAGGAGGAAGAAGUUACAGGAAACCAAAUCUUGCAAGCAGGGCUCUUGGGUUUUGUUGUUGUUGUUUUUUUU